AUGAUUUUGACAUCCCUCUUCCUUCUGCUUUUCUCCACACGCAUCCACAAACUCCUUUUCUCCCUCUUGUAUCCCUCUGACCACUCGUUCCGCCGCAGAUGCAAAGUUGUUGAUCAAACGCCGCCAAUCCCCAACCGGGCUGGCCAUCUGAAUAAGCACAUGCUCACAUGGUUCUGCAGGCGUUCCAGACACACAACUGGUCAGCCCAUUUUGCAUCAUGAGAGAGAUCUUAUAGACCCAUUUGGUUCUGCCAGAGUGACUUUGCAUGGCAGGUUUGAUGAUAGGGACGCUGACUUGGCGGGAGUUGACAUCAAGUGA